AAAUAAAAAUUAAAAAUAAAAAAAAUAUAAAAAAAAUGAAUAAAAAAUUAAUUUUCUCAUUUUUAGUUUUAGCUUUAGUAGCUUUAGUAUGUGUUUCAAUGUAUAAUUCUGAUAAUUCAAAUUCUUUAUUUAAAAAAAUAAAUAAAAAAUAAUUAAAAACUAUCACUUAAAAUUAGACUAAAACUUAUAAAAAGCAUUCAACUGAAUAUAAACAUGAAGAAAGUGAUGAUGACGAUGAAUACGGUAGUGAAGAAGAUAGUGAAGAAGAAAAACACGAAGAAAGUGAUGAUGACGGUGAAUACGACAGUGAAGACGAUAGUGAAGAAGAAAAACACGAAGAAAGUGAUGAUGACGGUGAAUACGACAGUGAAGACGAUAGUGAAGAAGAAAAACACGAAGAAAGUGAUGAUGACGGUGAAUACGACAGUGAAGACGAUAGUGAAGAAGAAAAACACGAAGAAAGUGAUGAUGACGGUGAAUACGACAGUGAAGACGAUAGUGAAGAAGAAAAACACGAAGAAAGUGAUGAUGACGGUGAAUACGACAGUGAAGACGAUAGUGAAGAAGAAAAACACGAAGAAAGUGAUGAUGAUGGUGAAUACGACAGUGAAGACGAUAGUGAAGAAGAAAAACACGAAGAAAGUGAUGAUGACGGUGAAUACGACAGUGAAGACGAUAGUGAAGAAGAAAAACACGAAGAAAGUGAUGAUGACGGUGAAUACGACAGUGAAGACGAUAGUGAAGAAGAAAAACACGAAGAAAGUGAUGAUGACGGUGAAUACGACAGUGAAGACGAUAGUGAAGAAGAAAAACACGAAGAAAGUGAUGAUGACGAUGAAUACGGUAGUGAAGAAGAUAGUGAAGAAGAAAAACACGAAGAAAGUGAUGAUGACGGUGAAUACGACAGUGAAGACGAUAGUGAAGAAGAAAAACACGAAGAAAGUGAUGAUGACGGUGAAUACGACAGUGAAGACGAUAGUGAAGAAGAAAAACACGAAGAAAGUGAUGAUGACGGUGAAUACGACAGUGAAGACGAUAGUGAAGAAGAAAAACACGAAGAAAGUGAUGAUGACGGUGAAUACGACAGUGAAGACGAUAGUGAAGAAGAAAAACACGAAGAAAGUGAUGAUGACGGUGAAUACGACAGUGAAGACGAUAGUGAAGAAGAAAAACACGAAGAAAGUGAUGAUGAUGGUGAAUACGACAGUGAAGACGAUAGUGAAGAAGAAAAACACGAAGAAAGUGAUGAUGACGGUGAAUACGACAGUGAAGACGAUAGUGAAGAAGAAAAACACGAAGAAAGUGAUGAUGACGGUGAAUACGACAGUGAAGACGAUAGUGAAGAAGAAAAACACGAAGAAAGUGAUGAUGACGGUGAAUACGACAGUGAAGAUGAUAGUGAAGAAGAAAAACACGAAGAAAGUGAUGAUGACGGUGAAUACGACAGUGAAGACGAUAGUGAAGAAGAAAAACAUGAAGAAAGUGAUGAUGAUUAUGAUUAUAGUGAUGAUGAUGAUAGUGAAGACGAUAAACAUGAUAAAAAAAAAAAAAAUGUUUUAUCUAAAAAGCAUUAAGCCGGUAAAUCUAGUAAAUCUAAAAACAUUUGAAAAAAAUCAAAAUUUUCAUCUAUUAGUAACUAAUAAGUUAUUAAAAUAAUAAUUUAUUAUUUAUUUUUUGUAUUUAUUUUUUAUCAAAUUUUUUUGUUUAUUUUAACAAUUUUCUGAUAAAUU